AAUCAUUAUAAAGAAGCGGCGCUCACAAGUCACACCACUGUUAGAGUUCCACUCUAUCUCCAGCUCCCACUCUUUCUCCAUAUACAGCACAUAUCUUAAUUCCUAUUUGGUUCCUGGAAAACGAAGGAAACAAAAAUCAGAAUUUUCUCUUGAUAUGUAUUUUCAUCUCAGUGUUGAAGCUGAAAGAGUGUUAUAUUGCCUUCAAGUAGGACAUCGGAUUCAAAGUUGAAAGGAGGAGGAGCAAGCCCCAGGAUACUACUCUGAGGUUCACAAGAAAAGCAAAAGGCAGAAAAUAUAAUGGGAAACACAACGCAAAAAUCCCAGGAAACGGAAGUAGAAGAACCAGGACAGCUACAACAAGAAGAAGAUUCAAACUUUACAUGUGAAAUUUGCAUCGAACCUAUGUUAGCAAUCAGGAAAUUCAAGAAUGGUAGCCUGUGUAAACAUCCUUUCUGUUUGGACUGCAUAGCCAAAUAUAUCGAAGUAAAAGUCGAAGAAACCACUGGCUGUAUUGAAUGCCCUGGACUGAACUGCAAACAAUUAUUAGACCCUCUCUCAUGCAAUUGCAUCAUCUCAAAACCGAUAUUUGAGAAAUGGUGUGAUCAUCUAUGUGAUUCUACUGUUUUAGGGUCUGAAAGCUGCUAUUGCCCAUACCAAGAUUGCUCAGUGUUGGUUUUGAAUGAGUGUAGGGAUAAGCUAACGAAAAUAAAAUGUCCUAACUGCAAGAAAAGCUUCUGUUUCCUAUGCAAGAUUCCAUGGCAUGCAGGAUACCAGUGCAAUGAGAGCAGACAUCUAAGAGAUAGGAAUGACAUUCUGGUUGGUGAACUGAUUGAAGAGAAAAAGUGGACUAGAUGUUAUAAUUGUGGUCACUCCGUUGAGCGAGUUAGUGGUUGCAGAGAUAUGAAAUGCAAGGAGACAAUUGGCUCAAUUAAGGAUGCAAGAACAGAUGCGGGGUUAGGUUUUGCCAUCAAUGUGGAGGACCAUUCCAUUUCGGCCCUUGUAGCCACAGGCGCUGUGGAGCUGUUCUUUGUAAUCUAUUCAUUUUUGUGGUGUUAUCAGCUUUAUGCUACUUCUUAUAUUUUGAAAUACAUUCACGCUCCAGAAGGUAGACUGUUGCAUGCACAAACUGAGCCAAGGAGAGGGGGUGGAUUCGAACUGUUAUAGCCGUUGUUAAAAUGCCCCGUUUCAAUAAUUGGCACUGUUGCAAUAACAAAUUGCAAGCACACGACUUGUGUGUGCUCUCUUGCUAGAAUAAAGGAUUAGUUAGUUAGGGGAACUCUCUGGAAGGAAUGCUGUAUAUAUAUAUAUGGCACAGCUGUAACAGGGCAGUGAUAUAUAGAAAAACAUGAUGAAUGCAUGAUGAGUGGCUAUUUACUUUGCCCACACUUUUUCACGGUUACAUUCCUUGUUCUCCUUACAUAACAACCCCUGCCUGAGUACUGGAUUCUAUUCCGGUAGGCUCCAUAGAAAUAUCACUUGGACCAACUAGUAACCAGCCAUGCCUCCAGACACCAGAGCACAUGAUCUAAGGCGCUUGGAAGAGUCUCUUGAGUCUGCCAACAAGGAGCAUAUAGCGAAAUACGAUCAAGUAACCAAGUUAUUGGAAAAUGGAUAGUCAUGAGGUGAAGUUUGGGUUGUAUAACUUGGGUUAGUUUUGUUCCGUCCUUGAACGUCUUUUUCCUUGGAAGAAGAAGAACAACGAAACUCCAGAUAGCUUCCUCACUUUCAGAAAGAAAGUUCAUCGUCUUGGUAUUUUAUUUUCUUGCACUUGUGCUCAAAUGCUGGCAAAAUGAUUGAAAGUGAAACACUUCGAUAUUGUAUGAUUCUGAUCUAUAAAGAAACAAAAUUUGUCCAA